AUAAGCUUGGAACGAGAACCGCUCGUGCCUCGGCACGUCCUGAGCUCUCGGCAACAUGGUUGGCGUGCUCAGGUUGUGCCCCGCGGUCGCUCUGCUGGUCGUUGCGUUCGCUGCAGAUUCCGAUCUCACGGGCUCCACCAAAGACUUCCAGACGCUCGCCGCGCGACUCGAGGAAAAAUGUCUCAAGAAAGUUGGCAUGACCCCUGAAGAAAUAAGCACCAUAGAAGACGUCUUGAAACGGCUGGAGGAAAGAAACGACAAAUCAAAAAAGCAACAAGAACUAGAGUUCCUGGACUACGUGGACUUGUACGCGCGCACACCGGAAACUUCAAAAGGUAUCCGCUCCAAGUGGGAGGCGUUUAUGAUGUGCAUGGCAGAUGAAGCUGCGAUUCCAACACACGAUAUAUAGUGUGUUCGUCGCUGAUACAAGAGAUCCAGUUGCUCGUCUUUGUAAAUAAACGAAACUGUGUUGACUAUGUCAA